AUGUUCACCACGUUGAUCGUCCGGAACGCCCGCAAGUACGGCUUGCUCCGCCGCUGCUCCCGCGCCACCGCCGCCCCGCCGCGCGUCAGCGCCAUCAUCUCGUUCCCCCGCCCGCGCUUGCGCGCCGCCAGAAACCCAAAGUCCCCCUUGAAGCUCAGCUCCACAAGCAGCUCCCCAGACCCCUUCCGCUUCAUCACCAGUGUCACCGUGUGCAACGCGUGGUCUACGCGCCGCAUUUUUGACGUUUGCACAUGCACGCUCACGUACACCAGCACGUUCCCUUGCGCAAAUACAAAGUCCUUGAAGCCUUGGUUGGUCUCAACCCCGCCUUUGUUCUUGUGUUCCGUCAGCCCAUACUUUGGUGUGUAG